AUGAGGCCGAAGAGCGCCGUCCCCGAUCUUGGGACCUUGAAGGGACCAGAAAAGUGUCCGUCCAAUUUUGGUGUUAGACACGGCCGAGAGCUCGUCAACGACACACUUUCUAGAAUGGAUUUGUUUCUUGAUGGUGAAAAGAUUGGAAAGCAGGGCUGGAUGUGCAAGAAGAGACCAAAUCUUGACGCGAAAAACGUGACCUUGAAGCGUGUGCUAAAGUGCGCCGUCAUAGCGCCUGUUCUUGCCUGUUCCGAAGGCGAGUGGGGCUCAAACGGGACAGAGGUCCCCAUGCCUGUAUUUUCAGGCACCAAUAGCUCACACAACCACCAGCACCAGCCAAUUGGCCCACUAGCGUCGCCUGAGCUACCUACUGGUAUGGCCGUAGAUUUUUUUCGCAAUUGGUCUGAGGAAGGCUUCGGAUCGAACAGCGAACGACGACGUGUGUUUUGCGCCAUUGGAAACAAGAUCACCAGCCAAUCGUCUGGUCGACCUUCACACCGAUCGAUCGUCUCGGGUAUUGGCAUACACAUUCGGCCCAACAUGCCCACCAGCAUGCCAGGAGCAGCCAUGCUGCGCCAGGCCUUCCAACGGUUCAGCAUCACCGCCUCUCCGUCCACCGCCUCCUCUACCUCCUACAAUACCUCCUCCUCGGCCGUUGCCCCUCGGCGGCUGACUCGCACAUUCUCGGCCAGACCUGCCAUGGCAUCCUCAUCAAUACGGCCAGCCAUCGCGGCCCGCACACCCUCCUCCUUUCUCCAGCACCACAUGCGCCGCCCCUUCUCGGCCACCGCCGCCGUGCAGGGCACCUGGCUUGAGCCCCAGCUCGAUCGCCGGAAGCGCAUGAUGAAGGGCCGCCCACGUGUAGCCACGGGCGGCUCUGCCAAGGGCACGACGGUCGUGUGGGGUGACUACGGCCUGCGCAUGUACGACCACCACCGGCGCAUCAGCGCAAAGCAGCUCAAGGUCGCAGAGGACACGAUCAAGCAGCGUUUGCGUGGCCAGAAAUACCGCCUGUACAAGCGGGUGAACUGCAAUGUUGGCGUGUUCGUCAGUGGCAACGAGAUGAGAAUGGGUAAGGGUAAGGGUUCAUUUGACCACUGGGCGGCACGCGUGGCGGUUAAUCGUGUUGUCUUUGAGCUGCGCGGCGCCAUCCACGAACAGGUCGCGCGCGAUGCGUUCCGUCUGGCGGGCAACAAGCUGCCGGGCCAGUACGAGUUUGUGAAGAAGGGUGAUGCACCGGUGGUGGGAAUUACGAAGAUGGAAAACGGCCUGACGCUGGAGGACCUGAAGCGGCCAUGGAAAGCCGCGGCGGAUGUGCCGGCCGUGGAGGAGGCCAGCAGCGGUCCGGCCGCGAGUGCGCCGCCAGCAUAA